AUGGACCUGGAGGGUUUCCUGCCCAUCUCCCUCAUCGCCAGCUUCCACCGAGUGCAGGCUCUGACCACAGACGUCAGCCUCAUCCUGGAGGCGCUGAAGGACAGUCAGGAGGUGGAGAUCAUCGACAUGAAGAUCCGCAGGAAAGAGGAUCCAGAGAAGUGGCCUCUCCCUGGUCUCAACCUCAGCAACCAGAACCAGAACCUGAACCCGGCCACAGACUUCUCUCAGCUCAUCAACUGCCCCGAGUUCAUCCCCCGCACUGCUGCUGAUGACAUCACAGGUAAAGUGGCUGCGACAGCAGGGAUCACAGGCAUCGUCAGGGAUCACAGGCAUCGUCAGGGAGCACAGGCAUCGUCAGGGAUCACAGGCAUCGUCAGGGAGCACAGGCAUCGUCAGGGAUCACAGGCAUCGUCAGGGAUCACAGGCAUCGUCAGGGAUCACAGGCAUCGUCAGGGAUCACAGGCAUCGUCAGGGAUCACAGGCAUCGUCCGGGAUCACAGGCAUCGUCAGGGAUCACAGGCAUCACAGGCAUCGUCAGGGAUCACAGGCAUCGUCAGGGAUCACAGGCAUCGUCAGGGAUCACAGGCAUCGUCAGGGAUCACAGGCAUCGUCAGGGAUCACAGGCAUCGUCAGGGAUCGUCAGGGAUCACAGGCUUCGUCAGGGAUCACAGGGAUCUUCAGGGAGCACAGGGAUCUUCAGGGAUCACAGUCAUCGUCAGGGAUCACAGGGAUCGUCAGGGAUCACAGGCUUCGUCAGGGAUCACAGGCAUCGUCAGGGAGCACAGGGAUCGUCAGGGAGCACAGGGAUCUUCAGGGAGCACAGGGAUCUUCAGGGAUCAGUCAUCGUCAGGGAUCACAGGGAUCGUCAGGGAUCACAGGCAUCGUCAGGGAUCACAGGCAUCGUCAGGGAUCACAGGCAUCGUCAGGGAUCACAGGGAUCGUCAGGGAUCACAGGCAUCGUCAGGGAUCACAGGCAUCGUCAGGGAUCACAGGGAUCGUCAGGGAUCACAGGCAUCGUCAGGGAUCACAGGGAUCGUCAGGGAUCACAGGCAUCGUCGGGGAUCACAGGCAUCGUCAGGGAUCACAGGCAUCGUCAGGGAUCACAGGGAUCGUCAGGGAUCACAGGCAUCGUCAGGGAUCACAGGCAUCGUCAGGGAUCACAGGGAUCGUCAGGGAUCACAGGCAUCGUCAGGGAUCACAGGGAUCGUCAGGGAUCACAGGCAUCGUCAGGGAUCACAGGGAUCGUCAGGGAUCACAGGCAUCGUCAGGGAUCACAGGCAUCGUCAGGGAUCACAGGCAUCGUCAGGGAUCACAGGCAUCGUCAGGGAUCACAGGCAUCGUCAGGGAUCACAGGGAUCGUCAGGGAUCACAGGCAUCGUCAGGGAUCACAGGGAUCGUCAGGGAUCACAGGCAUCGUCGGGGAUCACAGGCAUCGUCAGGGAUCACAGGCAUCGUCAGGGAUCACAGGCAUCGUCAGGGAUCACAGGCAUCGUCAGGGAUCACAGGCAUCGUCAGGGAUCACAGGCAUCGUCGGGGAUCACAGGCAUCGUCAGGGAUCACAGGCAUCGUCAGGGAUCACAGGCAUCGUCGGGGAUCACAGGCAUCGUCGGGGAUCACAGGCAUCGUCAGGCAUCACAGGCAUCGUCGGGGAUCACAGGCAUCGUCGGGGAUCACAGGCAUCGUCAGGGAUCACAGGCAUCGUCAGGGAUCACAGGCAUCGUAAGGGAUCACAGGCAUCGUCAGGGAUCACAGGCAUCGUCAGGGAUCACAGGCAUCGUCUGGGAUCACAGGCAUCGUCGGGGAUCACAGGCAUCGUCAGGCAUCACAGGCAUCGUCGGGGAUCACAGGCAUCGUCAGGGAUCACAGGCAUCGUCAGGGAUCACAGGCAUCGUCAGGGAUCACAGGCAUCGUCAGGGAUCACAGGCAUCACAGGCAUCGUCAGGGAUCGUCAGGGAUCACAGGCUUCGUCAGGGAUCACAGGCAUCGUCAGGGAGCACAGGCAUCGUCAGGGAGCACAGGGAUCGUCAGGGAGCACAGGGAUCGUCAGGGAGCACAGGGAUCUUCAGGGAUCACAGGCAUCGUCAGGGAUCACAGGGAUCUUCAGGGAUCACAGGCAUCGUCAGGGAUCACAGUCAUCGUCAGGGAUCACAGUCAUCGUCAGGGAUCACAGUCAUCGUCAGGGAUCACAGGCAUCGUCAGGGAUCACAGGCAUCACAGGCAUCGUCAGGGAUCGUCAGGGAUCACAGGCAUCGUCAGGGAGCACAGGCAUCGUCAGGGAGCACAGGCAUCGUCAGGGAGCACAGGGAUCGUCAGGGAGCACAGGGAUCGUCAGGGAGCACAGGGAUCUUCAGGGAUCACAGGCAUCGUCAGGGAUCACAGGCAUCGUCAGGGAGCACAGGGAUCGUCAGGGAGCACAGGGAUCUUCAGGGAGCACAGGGAUCUUCAGGGAGCACAGGCAUCGUCAGGGAUCACAGGCAUCGUCAGGGAUCACAGGCAUCGUCAGGGAUCACAGGCAUCGUCAGGGAGCACAGGGAUCGUCAGGGAUCACAGGCAUCGUCAGGGAUCACAGGCAUCGUCAGGGAGCACAGGGAUCGUCAGGGAGCACAGGGAUCUUCAGGGAGCACAGGGAUCUUCAGGGAGCACAGGCAUCGUCAGGGAUCACAGGCAUCGUCAGGGAUCACAGUCAUCGUCAGGGAUCACAGUCAUCGUCAGGGAUCACAGUCAUCGUCAGGGAUCACAGGCAUCGUCAGGGAUCACAGGGAUCGUCAGGGAUCACAGUCAUCGUCAGGGAUCACAGGCAUCGUCAGGGAUCACAGGGAUCACAGGCAUCGUCUGGGAUCACAGGGAUCACAGGCAUCGUCUGGGAUCGUCAGGGAUCACAGGGAUCACAGGCAUCGUUCUCCGCGAGCCUCGACUCCGGUGCAUCAGACCAAACUGGAGCAUGAUGUGUCCAACCUGAAGACCAUGCCCAAAGGUCUGUCAGCCAGUCUGCCAGACCUGGACUCGGACUCCUGGAUCGAGGUCAAGAAGAGGCCCAGACCAUCUCCAGCAAGACCCAAAAACCAUUCGUUUCAGCAGAAGGACAAAGAGUGCUCAGUGGCGCCCCCUUCAGGCUCCUCUCCACUGCCCUCUGCAGCGGUGAAGGUGAGACUGAUCUGUCGACCAAUGAGAAUCCAGGACCACUGUGACAUCGAGUCACUCAAACCUGUAUUAAAAUCAUUUCAUUCUCCAGUGAACAUCAUUAACACAGACCUCUGA